AAGGGUUUUUUGACUUGGAUGGUAAGAAAGACAGGAAUCAACGAAAAAUGUAAGUUAAAAAAGAAUGAGAAACGCUUUUAUUCUUUCCGAUGAUAACAAUAAUAAUGAGAUAUAUAUAGAUGGAGGAACAUAAUCACAAAGAAUGACCAAAAUAAUCACAAUCCAAAUACAUCAUCAACAGAGCAUACACAGGCCCAAAAACAAAAACCAAAUUAGAGAAAGCUUAAGCUACAACAACAACAUAAAUAUAUUUAAUUAAGCCAAGGUGAUCAUGGCGACCAAGGUUCCAACAAGGGCAGUGGCAGCAACAAAGGUGUUGCUGAUAGAGAAUGCAGCAGAGGGUGGCACAGCAGAGGGAGGUGGCUCUGAGCCUGGUCCGGAUGCAGGGCCAGCUGGGCCGGGUGCCGGCGGGGGAGGAGAAGAACCGCUGGGGCUAGGUGCCUGAGCUGGUGAAUUUGAAGGAGAAGUUGCUGGUGCUGGUACUGGUGCAGAUGAUUUCGGUGACUGUGUUGGUGCAGCUCCUGGUGCUUGUGCUAUGCAUGACGUGGCCAAAAGACCCAAUAUC